AUGCCCGUUAAAGAAUUCACCACUCCUUACCCUGUUAUUGACAGCGAUCCUCAUUUCAGCCGUGUCGUCCGUUACAUGAGACCCUCAGAUUACGCUGCUUGGGCUGCAGGCACUGCUGCUGCUCCUGCUUUGUUGUUGGGAAUGGAAAAAAUGGAUCCCGCUGGCCCUCUUCGCAACCUGCGUCUUCCUCUCCGUAUUGCUACAGUUGUUGGUGCUUUUGGUGGUUUCUUGUAUGCUUACCAAACCAGCAGUCUUCGUUUCUGGGGUUGGACUGAAAAUUCCGCCGAGGUUGCUAAAGAUCAAGCUGAAUUAAGUCAACUUGCAAAGGAGGGAAAGGCCUUGUACGGUGAGAGCUAUAUGCCCGAAUAUGUCCAAGAUGCCUCUGCUAGAAACUCUAGAUACUCACAAUUGAAGUUUGGUGCUAUCCCAUGGUUCAACUUUGCUAAUCACAACAGUCACGGCGUUGAUACCUCAAAGUACUCUGAAUCUUCUUAA